UUUGAUUUCUUUAGUAUUAGUGAUAAACACAGGCACACGUGCCAAGCCUUCGAAGUCCACUAUGAAGUUUGCAGUGCAAGCCACCUCCAGCACCAGCAGUGCCAGAGCAGGUGUCUUGACUGAGCUGGGGAGACUGGCUGACAGGGAAAUACACACACCUGCCUGUCUCCUGUACACCACCAGUGGCAGUGCCCCUUACCUGACACAUAGUUUGCUGGCCCAGUAUUUGAAAGGAGCUCCCCUUGUUGCACAUCUGCCUAUUGGAUUUGCGGCAGAGCAUCAGGAGAGUUUAGAGGCCUUUGGAAAAGGCAUGGGCAAGUAUGCUGUCAUGGAGAAUCGGCUAAUAUUUUCCACAUUCCACGAUUCUGCUGAAGGAUUUCCGACUGGGUUUAAUGACAAGAACGGAGCCUCAGUGUGGUCCAGAGGGGGGAAGAUUAAGCUUGAUGUAGAGCGUUUCAUAAAGCUGCAAGAGGCUAUACGACCAGACUGGUACCAACCACUCUGUGAUAGUGAUACAGACAGGAAUUCUUCCAAGAAAAGAUUACAAAAAGCUGUAGACAGAACAUUACAUUUUCUUGACUCAUGUAUAGAAAAACAUAGUGCAUCUCAGGUUCUAAAAAGUAGUGCAAUAUUUGGUGUGAUAGAAGGUGGAUAUGAUGUUAAUGAAAGAAUCAGAAGUGCCAAACAAACGUGUCUCAGGCCAGUAGAAGGGUUUAUACUGGAUGGUUUUCACAGAUUUGGGCCAGAGAUGGAACAGUUUCAGAUCAUGGAUAUAGAGGCAGUACUGAAGGAUACAACAGCAGUCCUUCCAGACCACAAGGUACGUUACCUGCCUGGAAUAUGGAGUCCACAGGCUAUAAUAAAAGCAGUGCAGUGCGGGAUAGAUUUAUUUGACAGCACCUAUCCUUACUUACUCACAGAGAGAGGGUGUGCUCUUGUGUUUCCCUUCAAGGUUUCACCUGGUCUCACUGAUGAAAAUAUUUGGAACAAUGAAGCCUCAUAUCACAUUGACUUGAAUGAUAAAAGAUAUUUUGAUGACUUCACACCACUUUUAAAAGGUUGUGAAUGUUACACCUGCCAGAAUUACACCAAGGCCUACUUAAACCACCUGUGCAACACUGGGGAACUUCUCAGAGGAGUGCUGCUCAUGAUACACAACUUCCACCAUUUUUUCUCAUUCUUUGAGACCCUGAGGAAAAGCACAGAAGAAAACAAACUGGAAACUUUCAGGAAAUUGGUUGAAAGAACUGAAGUGACAAAACCGUCUUGAUAGUACAGCUUGUUGUAUUUUCUUUUCUUUGCGUGAAGGACUGCCUGUAGGCUACGACUGUAAACAUUUAUCCUGUAAGAUUUUGGAGCUCAUUCCGUACAUAUAUGAAAAGAAUGGAUAUAGCGCAAAAAAUGAAUAAAAACGGGGUGCGCAGUAGAAAGUAUUUUUUAAAUAAAUGCAUCUGUAUACAUAUGAUCAGUUG